AUGGCAUCACAAGGUUUCUGGUCUCUUGGCGGAGAUAAUGCUGGGGCCAAUACCGGGAGUCAGAGCCCCAAUACGCCCAGGGCUUGGUGCCAAGCGGCGGCCCAAAAAUUAUCCGGAGGAAUUGGAUCGAAAUUAUGUGCGUUGCUCAAUGUCGGGGAAGUGGAGAAACCCGCCGAUCCGGCCGCCAAGCAGACGCCAGAGACGGCGGCUGAAACAUGCGGCUGCAACAAAUCCUCCUCAACAGCUCCUGGUAGCUUCUCCGACCUCUAUUCAACAGAUUUGUUACCUGCUAUGGACGGUGACACCAAAACAAUGACCUUCCUACAGGAGGUUGUGGAUAUUUUAUUGGCCUACAUCGUGGAGUCUUUCGACAGGGAUACGAAAGUUAUUGAUUUUCAUUAUCCAAACGAGCUGCUUCAGAUGAACAACUGGGAGCUGCAGGAGGAGCCGGCCACUCUGGAUGAUAUCUUGAUCAGCUGUCGCGCUACUCUGAAAUACGCCAUCAAAACAGCCCACCCCAGGUACUUCAAUCAGCUCUCUACAGGAUUAGACAUGGUUGGACUGGCAGCGGAUUGGCUAACAUCCACCGCCAACACCAAUAUGUUCACCUAUGAGGUGGCGCCUGUCUUUGUGCUGCUGGAAUACGUCAGUCUGAAGAAGAUGAGGGAGAUCAUUGGCUGGGCAGACGGAAGAGGAGAUGGCAUUUUCUCUCCUGGUGGUGCUAUUUCUAACAUGUAUGCCAUGUUACUGGCCCGCUUCAAGAUGUUCCCUGAAGUGAAGGAGAAAGGAAUGUCAUCUGUUCCCAGACUGGCGGCCUUUACAUCUGAACAUAGCCAUUUCUCAAUCAAAAAAGGUGCGGCCGCUCUUGGUAUCGGGACAGAGAGUGUCAUUUGCAUCAAAGCAGAUGAAAGUGGUAAAAUGAUCCCAGCUGACCUUGAGAGGAGAAUACUAGAAGCGAAACAGAAGGGUUUUGUACCUUUCUUUGUAAGUGCGACUGCAGGAACGACAGUGUACGGAGCCUUUGACCCUCUCAUCGCCAUCUCUGACAUCUGCAAAAAGUACAACAUCUGGAUGCAUGUGGACGGUGCGUGGGGAGGCAGUCUCCUCAUGUCCAGGAGACACAGGUGGAAGCUGGAUGGAGUUGAGAGGGCUAAUUCAGUAACAUGGAACCCACACAAGAUGAUGUCGGUCCCUCUGCAGUGCUCUGCCCUGCUUGUCCGAGAGGAGGGUCUGAUGCAGAACUGCAACCAGAUGCACGCCUGUUACCUCUUCCAGCAGGACAAACACUAUGACCUUUCCUACGACACUGGAGACAAAGCCCUGCAGUGUGGACGCCAUGUGGACAUCUUCAAGCUAUGGCUCAUGUGGAGAGCCAAGGGUACCAUUGGGUUUGAGGCUCAGAUUGACAAGUGUCUGGAGCUGUCGGAGUACCUGUACAACAAGAUCAAAGACCGAGAAGGAUACGAGAUGGUGUUCGAUGGGAAACCUCAGCACACCAACGUCUGCUUCUGGUACCUCCCUCCUGGGAUCCGCUACAUGGAGGACAAAGAGGAGAGGAAGAAACACUUGCACAAGGUGGCCCCAGUGAUAAAGGCCAGGAUGAUGGAGUACGGGACAACCAUGGUCAGCUACCAACCGCAGGGGGACAAGGUCAACUUUUUCCGCAUGGUGAUCUCAAAUCCCGCCGCUACCUUCGAGGACAUCGACUUUCUUAUUGAGGAGAUUGAACGACUGGGCCAAGAUCUAUAA